AGCUGAUUUCCUUGGAUGGAGUGUUUUGCUACAUGUUUCGACUCACUCGCCCUGGCCAGCCUGGGUAUGAAUACUGUUCUCAACGAAUUCAAAUUAGUCGUGGCACGCAGUGUUCCCUCCUGCUGCAGAUCCCGAGACAUUAUGGCCCAGGCUGCUCAGAUGAAUGUCAUCGAAAUCAACAGUCCAAUUCGCGUUGAACACGACAAAAAACGACGACAAUUCAGCAUCCGACUUAACGGCUCAUAUGAUAAGGCAGUACUGCUGUAUGAAUAUGUGGGGAAGAAGACGGUGGACUUGCAACACACUGAGGUUCCGGAUGCUUACAGAGGACGAGGCAUUGCAAAGGACCUGGCUAAGGCUGCAAUGGAUUUCGUGGUUGAAGAAGACCUCAAGGCUCACCUGACCUGUUGGUACAUUCAAAAGUAUGUCAAAGAAAAUCCACACCCCCAUUACCUGGAUCACAUCAUCCAUUGAGAGAGAUAGCUAUAGGACGUGAAAGUCUCUCAUUACUGAUUGGGUGGUUUGUGUGGGAGGGGCAUUUGUGGCAGGGGGUGGGGAUGGAUGUGUGUUCCCAAAUGUUUUAACUGGUCUUUGGAAACAGAACAGAGAGAUACUGCACAUAAGCAAGAAAAGGACAGAGGUUAUCUGCAAUUACACAGGCGAGAUUGUAGAAGUGUUUGCUUUGAAGCAUGCAUUCUUUAGAAGAGGGAGAAAAAUUGGGUGUUUUCUUGUGGGCCUGUUUCUGCAGCACUCAGGACUGAUAUAGCAUAUCCUCACCAACACAGAGGAUUCCAUGGAUAACAGCCAAUACAGUCAUUGAAAACAAGUCUGUUUUAGUUUGUUGCAGUAUUGUUACACUUUACAGGCUCUCUAGCCCAAUGCCUUCAGGUCCAGUGGUGCUUAUUCACAGAGGGAUGGACACACACAUAUUCACGUUUGUGCACUAAAGUAAACAUACUGCACAGUAUAACUGAUCAGUGAAUGGGGGACGGCACUGGUCACCAACGUGCUUAAACAGCCACUGUGUAUUGUGUGCAUGUGUGCUUCUGUGUGAAAACUAGGGCCAGUAAGGAGUCGAAACUCCUGUAGACAAUCCCUUUCUGUCCUGUAGAGCAGAACCUCUCAGGAACGACACUUUAAACACACAAUACUGCCCUUCAGCACAUGGAGUCUGUAAUGUGCUCUUGGGUUUAUUUGCAUAAAAGGUGUAUUUGUGAGAUAAUGUUUGUGUGUGCACGCAUGUCAGAGUGCAUGUGUGUAGAGGGUUUAUGUCUGUACAUUACUCCAUACCUUCCUUUUCCCACAGCCUUAUCAGAGAUGGUGUCACUGAAAGCCUCCAACAGCCUUUAGCACAUCUGCCAAGAGGCAGGCUCAGUAGGGUGCUCAGUCUACCCUGAAAUGCAAACAUCAGUAGCAACAUCAGUGACUUUGAUUAUAAUAAUGGCCACAUCUAAAUAAUUAGAGACUUGAUGUAGUCUGUUCUGUGACUGUUAAAGGUUGUCACUUGUAAUGUACAGACAAAAAUGCCUGAAGUUCACGUUUUUACACAUUUAUGUACUCUAUAUUAAUAUUCAUGUUUUUAAAUAAAGAAAUAUAUGUACCACA